AUGAAGUUUGCAACUAUAAUCGCUAUCCAACUUGCGGGAGGCCAGCUUGCUUACGCUCGCCUCAAUGACGAUGAGGUUUUCGCAAACUCCGCUCUUACUGGUCGUAGACCAACAUCACUACGUCGCAUGUCUAGUUUAUUUGGUGCUGUUUGGGAACCCACUGCUUUGAAAGCUGGUUCAGUAAACUGUUACAUUGAUGGAGUUGAUGUUGGGUUUCACUGUCUAAUGAGAGCGGCCGACGGAGCAGAUGGCCAGAUACUCAGAGAUAAUGUCAAUGCACGGACAUGCGAGGAGGGCGAGGCUAGCACAGCAUCCAUCGAUUGGAAGAAAGCAAGGGAUGCCCUAUUAUUUGGACAAGUGGAGGGUUAUAUUACGGGCGCUGAUGGGAAUCAGGUAAAAGGGCCGCUUGUAGUGUCUGACGCUGGUCUGGAGGAACUUUUACAACAAAACAGAGAUAGCGGAUAUGCACUUGGACUGCUAGGCGGUGAUUUAUACAGCCAAUUCCUCAGCGUAGGGAUCAGAAGGUUGAUGCAGAGCAAGAGAAGCGCUGAGACGAGCGAGAAACAAUUUUACAAUAUCUGGAUAUCAGGUCUUCGAGAAUUGAUCUCAGCCCACGACGUUAACAGGCCGGAUGGUGUUGCGGACAACGAUGUCCACUGCCACGGAUCCGACCAGAGUCACCAGUAUCAACACGUCGUCAGCGACCAUUUGCAACGAGGAUACUACGGAGAAUUAUCGUGUGCAUGCGGUUACAAGUCACUUGGUGAGUACAUCCUCCCCGGGACUGAAGAGACUACCAAAAUUCCAUGGCAGAGCAUCGAAAACGACCCUAACGCGAACCCCUACUUGAAAGAGUUAUGGAGCCGGAUUAAGAUGCACACAUUGGAUGGCGUGGCUUCUGACUGCGAUAUCACUACAUCAACUCGUGGUCAACGUCGUUAUGAUUUCAACCGCGCUUAUGGUGUACAAGAAAUCGAGGGUGUUCCUCGCCGAUUCAUUAAGAUCGGCAACGACAGGACCUGUGGUACAUACGGGAAUGAGAUUGGCUCACAUGCCGAGGACAAUCCGUAUCGAUGGGUUGACAAGCAGUGGGGUGCCAGAUACCUCAACGGCAUCGAAUUAGACAUGUACAAUCAUUUCGUGCAAGGUGUCAAUGCCCGAUGCAAGUCUCAGCCGGCAGUCAAGGCCACAGACAGACAGUGCUAUCUCACUAUUGAGACAACGUGCGUAACUAAGAACGACGACGGGACCAAGGAGACCACAACGACGCAGAUGACUAUCCCGGACAAGACCGGAGGGUGUGUAGGUUUCCAUGCAGAAGUUGACGGCAGUCGUUAA